CAGAACAAUUCCAACAUGGAUGGCGGUCUCUGCUUUGACUCAUGGAGCGACUACUUGGGGCUCUCCAGUCUGAUCAGCAGGGGGCUGCAGCCUCAGAGAGAAGGCGAAAGGCCAAGAUGGGACGUUUUAUCUCCGGCCUCCGCGGAACCGUUACCCAGUAAUGAGUCUGUGGGACACAAAGGCUGCGGGUUCUGCAGGAGCAACAGGGAGGCGCUGUCUCUAUACACGUCUCACCGUCUGAGGGCGCUGGAUGGCCGGGUGCUGUGUCCAGUACUAAGAGGCUACACUUGCCCUUUGUGUGGGGCUAAUGGCGACUGGGCCCACACCAUGCGGUACUGCCCCCUCCGUCGGCUCCUCAGAGAUCCCCAGAGUAACAGUAAUAACCCAAAGCUGAGACACUGAACUGGAAGGAACCCUGGGAUUCUGCACCACUAAUGGGCUCCUCGGGGGACGGCCUUUGCACAUCACAUGACUGCACCUUUUCUAAUGUUGCUGCUUUAUUUGCACUGUUCCUAUUGACACUUUAACUAAAAGACUAAUCAUUGAGUGAUCACCGACCCGUGCACAGACACUGAUGUCUCACUCGGCACCCACGUUGCACCUCAUUGUUCCACUUGUUUCUGUCCCCGGGGCCAAGCGGUGCCCAUCCCCAUGUACCGGACAUUCCAGCUCUCCAGAGACGCUCCAGCCUGGGGCCCGCCCGCCCUCCUCUAAUUAUUUUAUUUACUGUUUUAACAGCAUUAAUUUGUAUUUUUUAUUAAAUUGAAAAAAUUUCCGGA